UUUUAUUGAGUACAAUUACAACCUUUCGACUUCUUCAGUGUUUCUGAGAAAUCCUAAUUGUCCGUCAUUAUUGGUGAACAGCUAAAAAUAAUGAAAUACCCAUGAGCCUUGGAUGUUUCUUGGCUAAAUGCACCCUGGGAGUCGUAGUUAACUUCUCCACCAAAGUUGAUUUGUCCACAACUGAAUGAUAUUUCAAUAUAUGAUACAACUGCCUUUGACGUUUUGUCAAAGAACCAGAUAUUGCCUGGAACUUUUUCCAGGGGCAACUGAAAAAGCUCCUCCAACUUCCCAACUCUAUAGACCUGUGUGCAGCUGCUCUACUUGUGCAUAAUUCUCUGUUUUGUUACUAUCCCCAGAAACGUGUCCAACUAGACCUCCAAAACCACCAGUCAGGACCAAAAGAGAUGGAGGUAGAGGGCUGUAAUCCUGGGGUAGCCAUGGAUUCAGGUAACCCCUUGCUAAAAGCGGUCUUCCUCCGUCGCCUGCGACUGACACGGCUGCUCCUGGAGGGAGGGGCUUACAUCAACGAGAGCGAUAGCCAAGGCCAGACACCCCUGAUGGUGGCCUGCAGGACCCAGCAUACCGACGCCCAGAGCGCUAGCCGGGUCAAACUUGUCCAGUUUCUUCUCGAGAAAGGAGCAGACCCGAACAUCCAGGAUAAGGAGGGUCGCUCCGCGCUGAUGCACGCCUGCCGGGAGCAAGCCAGCCCCGAGGUGGUGUCUCUACUCCUGGAUAGUGGAGCAGACAUCGGCCUGGAGGAUCAGUCUGGGACGUCAGCGCUGGUCUACGCAGUCAUGGCUGGAGACUGGAAGGUUCUGAAGCUUUUGAUGGACACAUGCAAGGCCAAGGGGAAGGAGGUGAUCAUCAUAACGACUGACAAGUUCCCAUGUGGGAAACUGCAAGCCAAACAGUAUCUCAGCAUGCCUCCCCUCGGUCCUCUUGAUCAGACGGACAAAAUGACAUCAGCAGCUCCUGCAUCUCCCUCUGAAAUUCAGCUCAUCACCUCCCCUCAGUACACCUCCUCCUCCUCCUUAUGUCCCCCACAGCCUGUCUUCUCUUUUAAAGAAGCCCAGUCCUGCGGCGUAAGCUCCCAUCCAUGUUCACCUUCACGGUUUCGAGGGUUCAGCCAAGCGGCAGCGAACAGACUGCAGCAGCCCCUCCUGAGGUUGAACUCUGAGCCGUGGCUAAAGAUCCCAGCUUCCCUGCUCACCCAGCAUCCUCAUGCAGCCUCAGAUAACCGCCAAACCGAGGACUUCUCUCUCAGAAUUCCCAAACCGGAUGCGGACAACAACGCAUAUUCAAAAGCUGACAACUUCAAAUGGUAUGAAGCAAGAUUGGGACGCGAUAAAGGAGUAGAAGGAAAGAAUGAAUGUGCCAACCACAGGGGACAGAAGAUAUCCUUACCAGGUCUCCUAUCGUCCCACUCUGCCUCCCAUCCUAAUCUUCAUUCUGAAACCCUUGGAACAGAUUCAGUCACCUCCUCUUCCUCCCUUUCUGGUGGCAAGAACCUCGGCACUCCGCUUCAUAGCAUGGCCUCGUCGAGCCUUAAUAGCAUCAUCCAGAGGCGUAAACUGGGUACGGACAUCUACGGCUCUGACCCCCAGCUAGCUGCAGGGAUCCCAAAUCUCCCUGAGGAGUCCCAGCACCAGAAAGCGAGAGACCCAACAGAGGGGAAGAAGCUGGCCCCCUUACGCUGCUCCAGCACGCUGGGCUCCAGGGAGUCACUGUCGACAUCGGGCCCGACCAGGAGAUUACUCUCCGGGUUUGAGCGCAGAGGGUCUGGUGCCUUCUUGUUAGACCACAACUCCCAGACCAGGCCUAGAUCUCUGCCGCCUCUGACCCUCAACUCCUCCAACACUCCCAUCGUCAACGUUUACAACCUCAGCUCCAGCGGUGGAAGCGGUUUCUAUGAGAAGGAGUCUGGUCUAAAAACUUUCCUUCCCACCGCUCCUCCCGGGCACCCGAAAGAGAUGACGAGGAGGAUGCUGCUGAGGAGACACUCGAUGCAGACCGAACAGUUCAAAACAACAGCUUGAAAUUCAGCCUGGAAGGGAAGUUCAUCAGUGUGUUUUAACGUUAAAUGUGUUGUUAUGUUCAUGUGAUGUAGUGUCUAUGUAAUGAAACUCUGAAAUGAUGGAAACCAAAGAGGAUAAAUAAAGAAAAACAAAAGAUCCUAAUCAAUGUAACAACAUACAUGUUGAAGUUAGCUCCCUCUGCUUCACUGUGCUGUGAUCUCGUCACCGUGCACGUUGCUUCGGUGUGCAGUUUUAAUAUGCAACACUUCCUUAAAGUUGCAUUUUAAUUUUAUGGCCACUUGGGAGUUGAAAACACUUAUGUUGUUAUGGUGAAUAUUUUAGCAAAAAUACUGCCUAUUUCCACAUCCAGAAGUCACAGAGCAACAUUAGCCUUCAUUUGGAGUCAAGUUUCUGGUCAUUUGACAGAUGUUAAGCUAAAUAUUCACUCUCCUUUCUGCUCUGUUUUGCUCUCUACGGACUCCUGAGUAAAAUAUCUGAAAAUAUCUUUAGCUGCAAGAUGUUUUCUUCACCAGCUAGUUGCUAACUUUGUCUGUCUGCUGUUUAGUGCUGGACUAAUAGUGUACUGUAGAUUCAUCAGAGCUUUUCCAGGUUGAUAAAAGUGGAAUUUGCAGGUUCAAAACCAAAACAAUAAGCUAAAAGAGGCAAAAAAAAAAAAAAAACACUUGCAAAACUGCAGAUUCAGUUGAUAAUUCUCUGUUGAUAUUCAUUAAGAGCUUUCAGGUUACACACUGUCAUUUGAUCCAUUGUUAGUGUGAAAAUAUAAAUAUAAUAAUAUUUAAAGAAAAAAGCCAUAUUUCUGCUCAGCUGAGUCCAAUAAUAACUCUCUUUUCAGCUUUGUUUUGGUCUCCACCAGCUCCUGAGAAAAUAUCUGACUCUCUUCAUCAGCUAGUCGUUAACUGUGUCCGUCUCAUUUGUGGGUUCAAAAUCAAAACAGUGAGCUCAAAGAGGCUAAAAAAGCUGUAUAGGAACUGCAUUGUUGGUAAUUUUCUUUGGAUUUUGCAUUACCUCUGGUCAUUUGAUCCAUUAUUAAUAUAAAAAAUAUUGAUUACUGCAGCUUGAACGUCACUGUGUAGAAUCUGAAAAUGCCAGAAAAGGCUCAGUGGAAGAAGACAACAAACACUGCCUCAUUCUUUCAUUGUGAUUAAAUGAUGGUAAUCAUGACUUCCGCAUCUCAUAAUUACAGGAAAACCAUUAGACAAAUUUUGAAAGCUUGGAUGUAUUUCAGAUGUACGAAUGUCUCCUUGACACUCUGGUUUAACUGCUUCUGAAGGAACAGAGCGACUUGGAGAAGGUUAGACCGCUUUCCUCCUGAAAAAUAACAAGGACUUAAGAUACCUGUGUAAUGCUGACAUGCUAAAAAUGAUAAUAAUAAUACCAUCCACAUUACUCAGUGACAUUAAUAUCUCCCAUAUUAUUGCUCAAAACAAGGAAGAAAUAAAGUAAAUUAAAUCAGGCAGUGCCAUCAUGUCUCUGUCUCCUCAAAUAGAAACGGCCUGAACAUUUUCUAAUAAUUAUGAGAAAACUCCUUUAAUUAUGAGAUUGUUUUCUUGUUAUUAUGAAAUAGUAAUUCAUAAUUAUGAGAUAGGGAAGUCAUAGUUACAAGAUAAGUCUCCAAUUUUUUUUCCUCUGGUGAAUGCAACACAAAACAUGGAUGAUCACUACAUAUAGUGGCUUUAAAUCAAGAGAGGCUGCUGUAUUCACAUUUGCUAUUCGGUCGAGGAGUAUUUAACACUUUAUGUAAUUUAUGUAAGAAUCCAUUGUCAGUUACAAAAUAAAAAGGCAUCUGUCGCUGAGUUUAUGUGAUUGUGUUUUUAAGGA